GACUGGCCCGAUGGACUCGGCGUGCGUCUGGCGCUCGGAGCCCUCCACCACCGCAGUUCGCAUGGCCGGCGGCGUACCAGAGAAGCCCUCGAAGAGAACCGGAGGGGCUUCACGACAAAACGGAUGUGGGACUCGCCUUUGGAGUUCUUGUGCCCGUGGUCCACAAUGAUAGCGUUGUCGAUGUCCAAGUGCACCAUGUGGAGCAAACUUAUCAUGAGGCUGUUCCGCAUAGUCGGCUCCCAGACGGGGAACAGGCAGAUCUGCAUGAUCAGCUUGUCGCUGUG